CAGAAAAGGUGGUGAGAGAUUUUUCAUCGAAAAAUUCGGAAAAAAGCAGAACUUGGGUUGGAUUUUUGGUGGCUGAAAAUUUUAGGUUUUUGAAAACUUUGAGUUUGAAAAAAAACAAAUCCUUUUGGGGCUUCACUGUUUGGUUUCAGAAGAACGGAGGAGAUCGAAUUUUUUUUGAGAAGAGAAACGUUCUGUUUCAUUAACAGUGUGUCGAUCGCGGUGUUCCGUCGAAACGUCGUAGCCGUCUCGGUAUGUCCUUUCGUCGAGGAAGUUCUUGCUCUGCUCGAUCGUCUCCAGUUCGCUGCUCCGAAAAAGGUACAUUUUCCAGUUCUUUAUCAGUUUUCUUUAUAGGUUUCGAAUCUUGGUUCGUGUCGCUGUGAAUAUGAGAUGUUAUAUCUGUUAGUUUUGCUCGAUUUCGAAAUAUAUUGCGCGUUAUGAUUCUGUCUGGUUAUGCCUGCUGGUUUCGUAUUACUUUCUGUUCUUUCGCCUUCUUCUCUUCCUCUGAAGGUCUCCAGUAAAUUUGUAAAGUGCUGUAGCCUUGUUUACGUUAUUUGCUUCUUGUGAAGUCAUUUUAUGACCUGUUUAUAUGCAUUCUUUGCUGCUUAAAGUGUGCCAUUCCUUAUACGUUCAUCUAGUCUAAACUUUCAUUUGUCCCUUUCUUCGAGUUAUUUGUAUGGGUUGGAAUGGAUCAAAUGUUUAGUUUGUUUUCGCAGUUGUUAAACAUACUGUUUAGAAGUCGAGUUUGGGUCUUAUGAUCAUGUCACAUUUACAAAGCUAGAGGAAGCAAUGGUAGUUCAUUUGGACUAUGACGUCAUGUCUCAACUUGCUUCGCAUUUGGUAUUACUAACUAUGCUUAAAAUUGGCGUGAGUGUGUGUCCAAGUAUUCAUGUCACUGCCAUCUCUUUACUUGUUGUGAAUUCUUGUUUUAUUUUUAGCCUUAUUUGGAUAUGUUUUUGAAGUCAUUUGUCUCCCCCUCUAAUUCAUAUCUCCAAGUAGUUCAUUUUUAUCCCCGUUUUGUUCAAGAUGCUUGCUAUUAGUUUAUCGUUCAAGGUGCUAAUUCUCUUUUGUUUGUUUGAUUGCAUGUGAAAACUAUUCUCGAGUCCUCAUGGACCUCACUCCGAUUCCUUGAACCUUCUCGUUGAGCCAUAAAGGCUCAAAACACUUUUUCCGAGUCAGCCAACCCCUGAAAGGAUGUACAGCAUCGAAAGAAAACCAGCAGAAACUGCUGGAAAAGUUGUUGCAGGGAUUUGAAGAACAUGUAUACAGCAGUAUACAUGUUUUAUACAUCUGUUAUACGCUGAUAUACAGGUCGAAAUGUGCACAGGAGGCCUAAUCCGAAAUCUGGGUCGAUGGCAGUGAAAAUACGCUGCUUAAAAUGAAUUUUCAACUCUCGAAAGUCGAAAAACAGGCUGAUAUACAGUCUGUAUACACUGAUAUACAGACACGAUAUAAUAUAAAUAUGUGUAAAAAAUGUGAUUGGCAGGGGAACGUAGAGGGACGCCUAUUCUAAUUAAAAUUCGGAAUUAGGCAAACAAUGCGGACGUAGGGUGCAGCCCGUAUACAUUAGUAUACAUUAUCGGGCGACGAUAUACACUUGUUAAGUAAGUUUUAAAAAUUGUACAGGUACAAAUACGCAGGGCAAUACAGGGAAAAGUAGCGGAAAAUAUAUAUUCAAAUAGGUGCGGGGCUUGAGAGGUCCAAAUGGGUCAAAUAUAUGCUGUAUACAGCAUGUAUACACUUGUGUAUACUUUGUGAUUCUUUUUUCAGGAUUGGGCCAGGGCCCUUCAGCCACCCCCCCUUUAUUAACAGGCCCAAAGGCCAUUUUUUUUUCUGCAGGUUUUAAAGAAGGCCCAAGUAUAAGGAUUAGAUUAGGACAGAUAAACACUCUCCCGCUGUCUUCGGAAAACACUUCCACCUCACUUCACCGCUGCCGCCGUCGCCACCGUCACCGCCACCGCCACCGCCACCGCCACCGCUGUUGUAGAUCGACGGCGUCCAAUCACAGCCUCGAACGAGGACAUUUCAUUCUCUCCACAAUCUCUCAUGGCCGGAAUUGUUACCCCUCAUGUCUCUUCACAAUCCGCCAUCGUUCACAUCAAUGGCAAAAACACAUUUCUCUCGCCCCAAAAAACCCUAGAUUUUCCAAUUCUCUCCGGCUCCGGAGGCUCGUUUCUCCGAAUGAGAAGCACAAAGCGGCUCGAGGUGAAGCCGCUUGCUGUAUCGCAGAACAGUUCAGCUACUUGUGUUGAGUUAUCGGAUGAUGUUAAACGGAAUAAGAGUCCGAUUAUUGUUAUUGAUAAUUAUGAUAGCUUCACUUAUAAUCUCUGUCAGUAUAUGGGAGAGCUUGGAUGCAGUUUUGAGGUUUAUCGAAACGACGAGCUCACUGUGGAUGAGCUGAAGAAGAAAAAUCCAAGGGGAAUACUAAUAUCACCUGGACCAGGUACACCUCAAGAUUCAGGCAUAUCAUUGCAAACUGUACUGGAACUUGGACCAACAAUUCCGUUAUUUGGUGUUUGUAUGGGUUUGCAAUGCAUGGGAGAGGCUUUUGGAGGAAAAAUUGUGCGAUCUCCAUAUGGGGUGAUGCACGGGAAAAGCUCCCCUGUAUAUUAUAACGAAGGCGGGGAAGAUGGUUUAUUUGCAGGGCUAUCAAACCCAUUCACAGCUGGUAGAUACCACAGCCUGGUAAUAGACAAGGACACUUUCCCCAAAGACGCCCUAGAGAUAACUGCAUGGACAGAAGAUGGUCUUGUAAUGGCUGCUCGUCACAAAGUUUAUAGACACAUUCAGGGGGUACAAUUCCAUCCGGAGAGCAUCAUCACAAGUGAAGGCAAGACAAUAGUUUACAAUUUUAUCAAACUGAUAGAGAGGAAGGAAGAAGCAGAAUCUCAAAACUAGAUAACUCUCUUUACUUGCUGUACAAAUUUGUGGUUUCGCCUCGAUAAACCGAUGCAAAAAUAUGUUAUCUGUCUUUGUUGUAACUUUGCUGAGUUAAGUUAGAAGUUGUCAAUACUUGUCAUGGAUUUAAUUUUGAAAUUCUUUAGAUAACGUUGGUUUAUCAUUGAAGAUGAUAUCAUGAACAUCUUGA